AUGUUUUCCCUGCACAAUGUUCAAGGCUACCCCAUAAUCAUGCCUCCAGUUAAAAUCGUUUCACCUUCUGCCGCCAGAUUGGCCCUUUCCGGCUCUGCCCGUGUUGUUCCUGUGGACGCCACGUGGCACAUGCCCAACUCUGGGCUCGACGCCGCCAAACAGUUUGCGCAAGAGUCCCGGAUCCCGAAAUCGGUUUUUUUCGACUUGGACGGUGUCUGUUGCCCCAACUCCAAGUAUCCACACAUGUUGCCUUCGCAGCAGAUCUUCGGCCGGGCUGUAUCCAAGUUGGGAAUCCAGAAGUCCGACACCCUUCUUGUGUAUGACCGUCUGGGCAUCUUUUCCGGGCCCCGGGCCGCAUGGACAUUUUCGCUUUUUGGCCACGACAACGUUCUCUUGUUGGACCACUUCAAGCAGUUUGAAGCUGAGGGCGGCGUCGAGUCGGGCCCAAACACGUUUUUCCCGGCGCCUGCCGAGUAUUCCGGGAUCGGGAAUGAAGAGUUUCUGGAAAACUAUCACCACCAGGUGAUAGAGUUCGAGCAGCUUGUGGACCUUGUCGACCAGAAAGCCAUUGGAUCCGAGUACACUUUGUUUGAUGCACGGUCCGCAGACCGGUUUUCGGGCAAAGCUCCAGAACCUCGCAAGGGCUUGUCUUCGGGCCAUGUUCCGGGCGCCUUGUCUUUGCCCUUUGGGAAAGUGCUUGGCUCGGACGGCCAUUACAAGAGCAAAGACGAGUUGCAGGCACUUUUCAAGUCGGAGUUCAACUUGGACUUGCUGCGUCCUUUGGACAAGAGAGGAAUCAUCGUCAUGUGUGGAACAGGAGUCACCGCUGUGAUUCUUCGUUUGGCUUUGGAGCGGGCUUCAGAUGUGGACAUUCCAAUCAGAGUGUAUGAUGGUUCCUGGACAGAAUGGGCGCAGAGAGCCGAAGAUAUGAUUGAAAAGGAUUAA